CCGGCUCCCCUACUUUCCUUCCAUUAAUCCUUUCUUCCCUUUACUUCCCAUCAUUAAUCCACAGUGAGAGUAAUCUGUCGUUGUAUUUCUGCCAUGUUUCCCUGGUGAUCAGAUGGUAAUCUUGUCUCUCUGCCCCCUGCAGGUCAGGACGGGACGCUGCAGUCGUUCUCCGCCGUCCACGAGAGCUUCAACAAGAACCUGGGUCACGACCAACAACACAGACAGUGUCGCUGUGUCACCAAACUUCAGGAACUUCAGAUACAUUUCAGUGUACCUCUAUCUGGGUUGACCAGGACUUUACCUUUACCUUUAACACAGGGAGUUAUGUGGAGGAUUUUCCUGACGGUCAGUCUGCUCUGCUGGAGCGCUGACGGACAAGUGACCUGCAGAAAUGAAAAGGAUGAACCAGUGGACUGGUACAUCAUCUACAAGGUACCCAAACUGAAUAACAUCGGAACUACGGGUUUGGAAUAUCUUUACAUUGAUUCAGCUGGGAAGAACGAGACCUCUACAGAUCACAAUAAGCCCAUCAACCAUCCUAAUGGUGUCCUGGCAAACACCCUGCGGCCCAUAUUUACCACAUCAAUGCCAGACAACUUUGGAUUCAUCUCCUACAGCGACCAACCUCCUCCAAUAGGAACGGGUCUUGGCUCUACGUUUGGUCACAGUAAAGGACUUAUGAUGAUGGAAAAAGACAAGACAGGAGUCUGGCUCUUACACAGCACACCACAGUUCCCUUUUGAAAGAGAUCAAAAUAAUUUCUACCCAUCCAGCGGAGCAGCGAAAGCUCAGACGUUUAUCUGUGUAACAUUCAACUACGACCAGUUCCAACACAUAGGUGAACACCUGCUGGCCAUCGCAGCUUUCCCUUUUGAUCAUCAUAUUCCAGACGGCUUCCAUAAAGAGCUUACACAGGUUACAGAGAAAGACUUGAAGAAAAGACCAAAACGUGACGCAAAUCAAGUCAAAAGUCGGGAGCUGACAUCUGCAGGAUUACUAUCAGCAGGAUUAAUAUCAGCAGGAUUAAUAUCAGCAGGAGUAAUAUCAGCAGGAUUAACAGGAACAGGAACAUCGUUUGAAAGCAUUGCUAAACACCAAAUUAAAGACGAGAUGGACCUUGUUCUCCUGAUCACCUCCACGUUCACUUUUUCCAUUGUUGAUCGGAACGAAAAGCCUUGUCUACGUAACAAUGACAAAGAAGCUUACAACAGAUUUGUUAAGAAACACAUCAUUCAAGAGAACUUUGACAGAAACUCUAUUGAUGCCUGGCAACGGUACAUAACGGACCGUGGACUCUGCGACAGGCGUCGACCGAAGCAGUCCUUCUUCGAGCCCGGGUCUCAGGGAGCUGUCGAGCAGAUCUGUCAAGGCCAUGGCCACCCACUGUCAAAUCAUAAAGACAACUUAUGCAUCAGUCCCAAUACCCUGCCAUUUUAUUAUGUUACGCUUGACAACAAUUGCAAAGUUGAUUGUGUAGUUCUUAAGGAGGAUUAUGUUGUUGUGGCUUGUGAUGUGAUUGUAAACCAGUGCCGUCCUGUCCAUUUUGAGAAGCACAACGGCCAAGGGCCAGACAUGAGCGCUAUUUGCCAGAAAGUAAAUGCUGCUUAGAAUACGCCACAUUUUGGAGGUUAGUAGACACUGGAGUCCAGAUGUCAGGUUCGUUAUUGUCCUGACAUCUGAAACCUCUGUCGAGCUUAGCUAAACCACGCCUUGUUCACUUACAUAAGAAAACAUUGGCAUGUCAUUUUGUUCUUAAGCUACAUUAUAUUCUGUUACAUAUUUGUUCGUACCAUGUUGUGGGAUGAGCAUUAUUAACCUUGUGUUGUCCUCCCGGCUAAAGACAUUUUGACACUUUUUUCAACAUUUUUUUCCCCUAAGCUUCCGCCACUUUAUGUUGACGUUUUUUUCCGCUUAUUGUCGCAUUUUCUAUUUUCAAGUUGUUGUUGUUUCAAUGUUUAAAAAAAGUUUUGUCACCCUUUUUUGUCACUUUCACGUUUGACGCUUUUUUACCACUACUACCAACUCAUACAACCAGUUUUACACUUAUCUUUGGAAUUCAUGGACACUAAACCUAAUUUUUUGUAUUUAAAAA